UCGAAAGUUGAUUAAUAUGGUUGCCUAUCGUCCCAUUUUGUUGUUUAGUUUCCUUGGAUUGUGGAGUUUCCUAUGUAUUUGGAGAGGAGUCACAGCACAGGAUGUUGUAAACAAACCCGUCACGGAAGACUGCCUGGAGUGUCUAUGCGAGACGCAGACCGGUUGCAAUGCCUCAAAGAUUUGUGUGAAUGGGGCGUGUGGCAUCUUUCGGAUAACCUUGGGCUUCUGGAUCGAGGCAGGCCAGUUGACGCUGCCCAACGACACUUCUCUGUCCGUGGAUGCUUUUAUCAACUGCGUGAAUGAUCCGUACUGUGCCGCGAAUACGAUUCAGAAUUAUAUGCAUAAAUAUGGCCAAGAUUGCAAUGGCGAUGAUCUGAUCAAUUGCAAGGACUUCGGAGCACUGCAUAAGUUGGGCAAUCUCAAUUGUCGUGCUGAUUUGCCGUACAGUUUCGCCAAGGUAUUUAAUAAAUGCCUAAAACGAAAGGAGCAACAAGAAGCAAAGACCAAAAAUGGAUCAUCGGAUCUGACACAGAUCUAACUAAAUAACUUUGUCUUUAUUUGGUUGGGAAUGUUUUUCGAAAACAAUUAUUAAUACACAUUGCUUACGUUUGCAUCUGAACUGUUUCCAAUAUAGAUUCUAUAGAUAUAGAUGUUGUAGUUGUAGUACAAUACAUAAUAUAGUAUAGUAUAUAUAUGUUUGUAAUUAAGUAAUAUAUAGUUUAGGUAUAUGAAAACUACUUUAGAAUCUUUCAACAAUUUGUUAACGUUCUCUAAAUACUUUUUUAUUGGAUCAAAGAGUUCUUAAGUACAUAAGUAUAACCCGAUUAUUGGUGCUCCCAUUUGCUAUAUAGCUUCUGUUUCAUAUCAGAUACGAUUUGGUUUGGUAUUAAAAUCUAUUAGGCAUUGAAGAAAUCAUUGAAUGAAACGAAUUCUAUUUGUUUCAUUGUAUAACUUGAAUCUUAAGUUUAGAAUCUGUUUAAACUUUAAACUGCUUAAACUGUUUACAUAUUAUUCAUUAUUCGUACAUACUAUGUUUUUUAAAAACAACCUUUCAAAUUAUGAGACAGAUGAGAGUUU